CGGGUUGAGGUCAACUGCUGGAGUGAGGUCAGUUGAUCUGAUAACGCAAAUCUGAAACUCUCUGCUGCUUGAGACUUCCGCCUCUAACCGCCGUAAAGAGCCCGAUCCCGGAACUUGGGUUGACCGGUGAUCGGAGAUUCAGCCAAGUCAAUAAAAUGGGUUUAGGCUUCGUAAUUGGCGCAUUUGGAGUCAUGAUUCUCGCUCAUGCAGCUUACACAACUAUUCAAUAUAGAGGUUUGUUGAAGAUUAUGGAGGAGGAGUUUUCAGGACCUCCAAUGAAUGUGGUGGUAGAGUUGCUUCUAGGGUUAGUGUUGUGUAUGUGGGCUGCUUUAACUGUACCGGGAAAGUUCCUAUCUAUACACCCUCAUUCUGAUGAGAAUAGGAUAGUAUCUUUACCUGCCAAUAUGGACUUCAUGAUCUUCAACCAUCGUGGCAAAGCAUUUCCUUCAGGAAUGGACAUGAAACUGAAACAUUGAAGUCUUCUCAAUUUGAUGACAGGAUGAUCUUUCUGGGGACUAUUUAAGAAACGGAAUCAUGUAUCUGCCAAAUUUAGAUUAUGGAAAGAGCCUAAGUUGGUGAAUUUGGCAACUUGAUGGUGCUCAUACCAAGUUACCUAGGAUAACAUCUGUUUGGCCCUUAGUUUUGUAAUUGUUGUACUGCAUAUCUUAUUUGGUCUUAUUUUCCACCGUUUGGUCAUGUAAUUUGAACAUUUGCCGAUGUAUUACAUGUGUUGUUUUGCUAUAAUCAGAAUGGGUAAGGUUUUACUUGCAUCUAGACCUGCCCUCUGAAUCUGAAUGGUGAACCUUUAGUAGAAAGGGUAAAUUGUUUUCUUGAUGCAAAAUAUUGCGUUUUCUGUGUA